AUGCUCGACGAGACUUCGACGAAACUCCAACACCAAUCACACAUCGUUCAAAAUUACAUUCUCGCUUGGUUUGAUCCGCACACUGAGGACGAUGUUCAAUAUCGUCAAAACACAAUAUCUGAACUUCGUAAUGUCGUCAAUUCAAUCAGUAUAUUCAACGAUAUUGAUCAAUGUAUUGAUUUUGUCACUGAUAUCGAACAAGAAAAAGUAUUUAUGAUUGUAUCAAACUGUUCGACACAACAACUCAUGACAGUCAUUCAUGAUCUCUCACAAAUUAAUUCAGUUUAUGUUUUUGACUACAACCGAACAGAAUCUAGACUGUCUACUAAACAAUGGACAAAAACGAGAGGACCUUUUACUGACAUCAGUGAAUUAUGCGAAUCCAUUAAGUUAGACGCCCGUCGCUGUGAUUAUAACAUGGCAUCUAUUAGUAUCAUACGCACAGCACAAUCACUAGAUCGUGGCUUGGAUGAACUUGAUCAGUCAUUUAUGUAUUCCCAACUGUUGAAAGAUAUUCUUCAGGAUAUGGAUCAUGGUGAAGAUGCCAAACAAAUUUUCGUUGAAUUUUGUCGUCAACAACAUCAAGACAAUGUCGCACAGCUCAACAUCAUCAAUGAAUUCGAACGAGAAUACCGCAUGCAUACACCUAUCUGGUGGUACACAAGAGAUUGCUUCUUAUAUUGUAUGCUUAACAAAGCUCUUAGAACUCAACAAAUUGAUAUCAUUAUCAAGAUGGGAUUCUUUUUAUGUGAUGUUCAUCGACAAAUUGAAAAGCUACAUCAAGAAACGACAACUGUCUCUGUUCCAUUCAUCGUUUAUCGAGGACAAGGAAUAUCUAAGAUUGAAUUUGAACAACUCAAAGCAACGAAAGGUGGGUUACUAGCAUUUAGUAGCUUUUUGUCUACGAGUGUCGAUCGUCGAUUAUCGAUUCUUUACGCUGAAAGUGCUGCACAGGAUUCAGAUCUGAAUGGUAUUCUUUUCGAGAUAAGUGUUGAUCCCACUUGCACAUCGACUGCAUUCGCAUCGUUGGAUAACAUUAGUUAUUAUGGUGAUACAGAAAAGGAGAUUCUGUUCUCGAUGCAUACGGUAUUUCGCAUAGGAGAAAUGAAAAAAUUAGAAAAUGGAGUUAUGCAAGUGACCUUGUUACUAACGAACGAAGAAGAUCAACAAUUGCGACUUCUCAAGCAACACUUGCGAGCAGAGGACCUACAAAGAUUUCAGUGGGCGCGUUUACCUGACUUCAUGGUAAGAAUUGGCAAAUUUGACAAGGCUGAAGAGAUCUAUGAAAUGUUAUAUAAGUCAAAUUUGGAAAAUGGUAGAGAAAAAGUUGCUGUGUAUAGUGGCCUUGGUACUGUCAAACUGCAUAAAGGCGAUUAUAAAAAUGCAAUCUUAUUUUUCGAAAAAGCACUGGAAUUGAUCAAGAAAGUUUAUGGGUCGGAUUGUACAAGUGCGUCUUCGUUGUUAGGAAACUUGGCGUUGGCACACGCAAACAUGGGAAAUUAUCAAUGUGCACUAGCAUUCUAUCGAGAAGCGCUUAGCGUUUUCGAGAAACGUCCCAUUUCUGCUUCUUUUGAGAUAUAUUCGUUGUAUCUCAACAUGGGUAUUUUGUAUACGAAUAUUUGUGAAUAUUCAAAUGCGCUGUCAUUUCUUGAAAAAGCACUGGAAAUCGGUAAGAGUAACCUGCCUGAAAAUUAUCCUGUACUAAGUAAUAUCUACAACUCUAUUGGUGACGUUCAUAGAAUACUUGGAAACUAUUCAGUAGCAGUUUCGUAUUUUCAAAAGGCUUUGCUGAUUCGAGAAAAAACGCUUCCAUCAGAUCAUCCGGCGCUGGCAACAAUUUACAAUAAUAUUGCUGUAGCAUACCAAUAUAUGAAUGAUAACUCCAGUGCACUGGUGCUGCAUACAAUUCGAUGGGAGAUCAUGUCAACGCACUUUCUUAUUCUGAAAAAGCCUUGGAUAUACUACAACAAACUCUAUCCCCCACAUCAUCAUCUUUUAGCUGCUAUUUUAAACAAUAUCGGAUUCGCUCAUCAAGGUUUACGGAACUAUUCGACUGCGUUAUCUUAUUAUCAAAAAGCAUUGACUAUUCAACAGCAGUGUCUUCCUCCAGAUCAUACUGACAUGGCCGGGGCCUACAAUAAUAUGGGUGGGUGCAAGCUAAGCGUAGGAGAAGUUGAUGAAGCGAUUUCAUAUUUCAAAAAGGCACUUGCCAUACGACAAAAAUGUCUACAUCCUCUUCAUCCUAGUAUGGCUCUGGUCUAUCGAUCUAUGGCUUGUGCGUAUAUAGAAAAAGGUGAUUAUUCUAACGCACAAUUAUUCUUAAUGAAAACUAUCGAAAUUUUUCAAAGAAUCCCUCAAUCUAACAAUGACGACCUUGCUGAUAUUUACAAUCAAAUGGGUAAUACAUAUCAAAAAAUGGAAAAUUACACGGAUGCGCUGAUAUUCUAUAGAAAAGAGUUGAAUAUCAGGAAGAAAAACCUGCCACCUGAUCACCUUGAUCAUGACGGUAUUUGCAUACAUGUUGGACGAAAGCAACUUGUUACAAAAGAGAAUUCUAAUGCACAGCGGUCUUCUCAAACAACUUUCGAAAUGAAUGAGAAAUCAUAUCAGCAGGCUUACCGUAGUGUUGCUAUCGUAUACAAAAAUAUGGGGCUUGCGUGUACUAAGAAUAAAGAUUAUUCGAAUGCCNUUCUCGAUGCAUACGUGACAUUGUUACUAACGAACGAAGAAGAUCAACAAUUGCGACUUCUCAAGCAACACUUGCGAGCAGAGGACCUACAAAGAUUUCAGUGGGCGCGUUUACCUGACUUCAUGGUAAGAAUUGGCAAAUUUGACAAGGCUGAAGAGAUCUAUGAAAUGUUAUAUAAGUCAAAUUUGGAAAAUGAUAGAAAAAAAGUUGCUGUAUAUGGCGGCCUUGGUAUUGUCAAACUGUAUAAAGGCGAUUAUAGAAAUGCAAUCUUAUUUUUUGAAAAAGCACUGGAAUUGAUCAAGAAAUUUUAUGGGUCGGAUUGUACAAGUACGUCUUCGUUGUUAGGAAACUUGGCUUUGGCACACUCAAUCAUGGGAAAUUAUCAAUGUGCACUAGCAUUCUAUCGGGAAGCGCUUAACGUUUUCGAGAAACGUCCCAUUUCUGCUUCUUUUGAGAUAUAUUCGUUGUAUCUCAACAUGGGUAUUUUGUAUACGAAUAUUGGUGAAUAUUCAAAUGCGCUGUCAUUUCUUGAAAAAGCACUGGAAAUUGGUAAGAGUAAUCUGCCUGAAAAUUAUCCUGUACUAAGUAAUAUCUACAACUCUAUCGGUGACGUUCAUAGAAUACUUGGAAACUAUUCAGUAACAGUUUCGUAUUUUCAAAAAGCUUUGCAAAUUCGAGAAAAAACGCUUCCAUCAGAUCAUCCGGCGCUGGCAACAAUUUACAAUAAUAUUGCUGUAGCAUACCAAUGCAUGAAUGAUAACUCCAGUGCACUGGCACUCCUUAGAAAGGCGCUCGAAAUCAACCAGAAAGCAUUUGGUCCGUCUCAUCCUAACUUGGGUGGUACAUAUUUGUCCAUAGGUGCUGUAUACAAUUCGAUGGGGGAUCAUUUCAACGCACUUUCUCAUUCUGAAAAAGCCUUGGAUAUACUACAGCAAACUCUAUCCCCACAUCAUCAUGAUUUGGCUACUAUUUUAAACAAUAUCGGAUUCGCUCAUCAAGGUUUACAGGACUAUUCGACUGCGCUGUCUUAUUAUCAGAAAGCAUUGGCUAUUCAACAGCAGUGUCUUCCUCCAGAUCAUACUGACAUGGCUAGGACCUACAAUAAUAUGGGUGAGUGCAAGCUAAGCGUAGGAGAAAUUGAUCGAGCGAUUUCAUAUUUCAAAAAGGCACUUGCCAUACGACAAAAAUGUCUACAUCCUCUUCAUCCUAGUAUGGCUCUGGUCUAUCGAUCUAUGGCUUGUGCGUAUAUAGAAAAAGGCGAUUAUUCUAACGCACAACUUAUUCUUAAUGAAAACUAUCGAAAUUCUUCAAAGAAUCCCUCAAUCUAA